AUCACGGGAACGAAGCAAUCGAAGCUCUCUUUCCUCUGACGCUGAGCCAACUCGCGAGUCAAUACCGGUCUCGAUUUGUCUAUGUUCAUUUUCUACUGGAUCCGUCGCCGACAUUGAUCCCGACAGUUUUGUGAUUGUCCGAAGCGAAAGCCAGGAACUUUUAGGUCGAGAGAGCGGCGACGGAGGAUGGAUGAGGUGAUGACGACGGCGGAUGCGAGGGGCGGAGACAAGGCGGCGUACAAUCUGCUUCCUUACAAUCUCCCUCUCCUCUCCGCCUUUCUUGCCUUCGCCCUGGCUCAGUUCCUCAAGGUCUUCACCUCCUGGUUUAAAGAAAAGAGAUGGGACUCCAAAAAGAUGAUAAGUUCUGGUGGAAUGCCGUCGUCGCACUCUGCUACAGUCACCGCCUUAGCCGUUGCUAUAGGUCUCGAAGAGGGAGCAGGAGGACCGGCAUUUGCAAUUGCGGUCGUCUUAGCCUGUGUGGUAAUGUAUGAUGCCUCGGGGGUCAGGCUUCAUGCUGGUCGUCAAGCUGAGUUGCUGAACCAAAUCGUAUGCGAGUUUCCUCCGGAACAUCCGUUGUCAAGUGUUAGACCCUUGCGUGAGCUGCUUGGCCACACUCCCAUCCAGGUUGCUGCAGGUGGAAUCUUAGGAUGCUUAGUGGCGUAUCUGAUGAGAAACCCAAGUUAGAGAAGAACAGACCCCAGAUUCUUUCAGGAACACAUUACUGGAUCUAAAACCCAUUGUUGAAAUCGAAUUCCCCAGGAAUUCUCAAUUCUUAUAAUGUAUGAUACAUAUACAUAUAUACAUAUAUAUGUUUGUAUUCAUUUGAUAGACUUCUCAUGGGACGUUUGACUCAGAUGGGAUCUAUAUUUACACCUUAGAACCUUGGACUUUCGAUUAGAGAUUAUGUAUUUCUUCUUUGCAGGGAUCAUUUGAAAGAAGAAUACAAUGACACAGCAGAUUCCUUGUA